AUAGUGUAAUUUUACACCCAAACUCCAUGUUCAAAUUCUAGUCCAGUGCACCUAUGUAGUGAAAGUGUAGGUAUAUAUAUAUCUUCUCCAUUCUCGAUCUUCAAUUCACAACACAGAAAAAACCAUGGCGGCUUUUACCUCCAAAAUUCGCACUUGUCAAAUCACAGCACUCUUCACCCUCCUACUCAUCAUACUCUGCUCCCUUUCGCCAUCCUCCUCCGCAGCCAAACUGUUCAAGAAAAUUUAUGCGUUUGGGGACUCCUUCACCGACACCGGCAACACCCACUCCACCUCCGGCCCCACCUCCUUCACUUACGUAUCAAACCCACCCUACGGCCGCACCUUCUUCCACCGCCCCACCAACCGCUACUCCGACGGCCGCCUCGUCAUCGACUUCGUCGCCCAAGCUCUCUCUUUGCCCUUCUUGCCGCCUUACCUCGACCGCAAGGCCGAUACCUCUUACGGUGUCAACUUCGCCGUUGCUGGCUCCACUGCCAUAGAUCACAGGUUUUUCGUGGAGAACAAUAUAAGUCUGGACAUUACACCUCAGUCUCUGGAAACGCAGUUAAUUUGGUUCAAUCGGUACUUGGAGGGUGUUGGGUGCAGAGACUAUAAAAGCACCCCAAUGCAGUGUGGGCCAGUUUUUGACGAUGCAUUGUUUUGGGUUGGUGAAAUUGGGGCUAAUGACUAUGCUUACACCUUUGGAUCUUCCAUUCCACCCAAAACCAUUCAGCACCUUGCAGUCACUAGUGUUUCUUCCUUUAUACAGGCAUUGCUAAAGAAGGGAGCAAAGUAUGUGGUCGUUGAAGGCCUACCAACCACAGGCUGCUUGACACUGGCGCUGUACCUAGCCCCGCCGGCCGACCGAGACGCGAUGGGCUGCGUCGCCACCGUCAACAACCAAAGCCACACCCACAACGCCAUCCUCCAGUCCGAUCUCGCCGCCUUCCGCCAACGCUUCCCUCAGGCCACCAUUGUCUACGCCGACUACUGGAACGCCUACAGAUCAAUCCUCACCAGCGCCAAAAGCUACGGCAUCACCCAGCCCUUCAGAGUCUGCUGCGGCUCCGGCGACGGCGACUUGAACUUCGACCUCUUCGCUACCUGCGGCUCCGCCAACGCCUCCUCUUGCCCUGACCCUUCUGAGUACAUCAACUGGGACGGCGUUCAUCUCACCGAAGCGAUGUACAAGGCUGUUGCCGACAAGUUCGUUAAUGGGACGUUUUGUCACCCUCCCUUUAGUUACUUGAUUCGCAAGAAAAUGACAUCCGAUUUGCUAUAAAGUAAUAAGGGUUUUCAGGUUUUAUAUAUAGUCUGUGACGUCUUGAAGUGACUGAUGAAGAUACUGAAACGCACCUUGAUAUGUUCUCUUCUCACGGGGAAGGCUUUUGUUUAUGAGAUUUCGGAGAUUUUUACAUGGAUUCAAACUUCAAAAGUGUUUUUUU